CUGCGCGCGCGGCGGGCUCUCUCUCCCACCUCUGCGCCGGCUGCCCGCCGUCCCGCCGCCGCUCUCGGGUCCGGCCAGGUCUCGCGCGCCGCCUUCUCGUGAGGGGCCUCGCGCCGCUGGGCGCGCGCCGUCCCCCUGCCUCGCGGCGCGGGGUCUCGCGGGCCCCGCUCCCGCCCUCCGCUCGCCUGGCCCGGACCGGAAGCGGCGCCGCUCGGCCUGGGCCUGGCGCGGGGGGCGGGCACCGGGGCCCGGUCGGACAUGGGCAAGAAGCACAAGAAGCACAAGUCGGACAAACACCUCUAUGACGAAUAUGUGGAAAAGCCCUUGAAGCUGGUCCUGAAAGUGGGAGGGAAUGAAGUCACCGAGCUCUCCACCGGCAGCUCGGGGCACGACUCCAGCCUCUUCGAAGACAAAAAUGAUCAUGACAAACACAAGGAUAGAAAGCGGAAAAAGAGAAAGAAAGGAGAGAAACAGGUUCCGGGGGAAGAAAAGGGCAGAAAACGAAGAAGAAUAAAGGAGGAUAAAAAGAAGCGAGAUCGAGAUCGCAUGGAAAAUGAGGCAGAAAAUGACCUCCAGUGUCACGUCCCUGUGAGAUUGGAUUUGCCUCCUGAGAAAGCUCUCACAAGCUCUUUAGCCAAACAAGAAGAAGUAGAACAGACACCCCUUCAAGAAGCUUUGAAUCAAUUGAUGAGACAAUUGCAGAGAAAAGACCCAAGUGCUUUCUUUUCAUUUCCUGUGACUGAUUUUAUUGCUCCUGGCUACUCCAUGAUCAUUAAACAUCCAAUGGAUUUUAGUACGAUGAAAGAAAAGAUCAAGAACAAUGACUACCAGUCCAUAGAGGAACUAAAGGAUAACUUCAAGCUAAUGUGUACUAAUGCAAUGAUUUACAACAAACCAGAGACCAUUUAUUAUAAAGCCGCCAAGAAGCUCUUGCACUCAGGGAUGAAAAUUCUUAGCCAGGAAAGAAUUCAAAGCCUGAAACAGAGCAUAGACUUCAUGGCAGAUUUGCAAAAAACUCGAAAGCAAAAAGACCGAUCAGAUACCUCACAGAGUGGGGAGGAUGGUGGCUGCUGGCCGAGAAAUAGGGAAGACUCUGGAGAUGCCGAAGCACAAGCUUUCAAAAGUCCCAAUAAGGAAAAUAAAAAGAAAGACAAAGAUAUGUUUGAAGAUAAGUUUAAAAGCAGUAAUUUAGAAAGAGAGCAGGAGCAGAUUGACCGCAUGGUGAAGGAGUCUGGAGGGAAACUGACCCGGCGGCUUGUCAACAGUCAGUGUGAAUUUGAGAGAAGGAAACCAGAUGGAACAACAACGUUGGGACUUCUCCACCCUGUGGACCCCACAGUGGGAGAACCAGGAUACUGCCCUGUGAGACUGGGAAUGACAACGGGAAGACUUCAGUCUGGAGUGAACACUUUGCAGGGCUUCAAAGAGGAUAAAAGGAACAAAGUAACUCCAGUGUUAUACUUGAAUUAUGGACCCUACAGUUCGUACGCACCACAUUAUGACUCUACAUUUGCAAAUAUCAGCAAGGAUGAUUCUGAUUUAAUCUAUUCAACUUAUGGGGAAGACUCUGAUCUUCAAAGUGAUUUCAGCAUCCAUGAGUUUUUGGCCACGUGCCAAGAUUAUCAGUAUGUCAUGGCAGAUAGUUUGCUGGAUGUCUUAACAAAAGGCGGGCAUUCUAGAACACUGCAAGAGUUGGAGACGUCAAUUCCUGAAGAUGAAGGUCAUGCUAGGACACUUAACCCAGCAAAGGAAAUGGAGCAGAUUAUAGAAAUAGAGUCAGCAGGACGUCUGGACUCCAGUACUCAGGACAGGCUCACGGCACUCAAAGCAGUGACAAGCUUUGGAGCGCCAGUCGAAGUCUUUGACUCCGAAGAAGCUGAAGUGUUCCAGAAGAAACUUGAUGAGACCACCAAAUUGCUCAGGGAGCUCCAGGAAGCCCAGAAUGAGCGUUUGAGCACCAGACCCCCUCCCAAUAUGAUCUGUCUCUUGGGUCCCUCGUAUAGAGAAAUGCAUCUCGCUGAACAAGUGACCAAUAAUCUUAAAGAACUUGCACAGCAAGUAACUCCAGGUGACAUCGUAAGCAUGUAUGGAGUUCGGAAAGCAAUGGGGAUUUCCAUUCCUUCCCCCGUGGUAGAAAACAACUUUGUAGAUUUAACAGAAGAUUUUGAAGAACCUAAAAAGGCUGAUAUUGCUGAGGGUGGCCCUGAUGGGAUGUGAAGCCAGCUGGAUUUAAUUAUAUAUUAUGUACAUAUUUUUUUCAUUCUUGGAAAUGCUUUUCAGAAGAUAUUAAAUAUUUGUAAAUUGUGUUUUUAAUUAAACUUCGGAACAGUCAAUUUUAGUGUUCCAGAGGUUAGACUUACAUUAGGUAAUAAAGCUGAACCUGGGACUC